AUGGCAGGGAGCACGAUUUCGAGUGGCCAUGGAUAUACGGCCAGCCGGGCGCCGGCCACAACCUCGGGGCAGCUGCAAUCGUCCGCCCACUACCACCGGUACCACCACCACCACCAAAAACAGGAUCCACAUUUACAGGGCGGCACAAAGUUGAGCCCGCAUCUGGUAGCACGCAAUACCAACACCCCUUCCGCUGGUCAGGAGGAGGAGGAGGAGUAUAAACUUUUCGUAUCCCUCGACGGACUCCCCGCACUCUUUCCUGUUAGCUUGACGCUCCCGACUUCGACCACUGAGCCAGCAGCGCAGAUUCCUUCUCUUCUUCCUCCUCCUUCUACCAACAUGGUAACACCGGCUGUGCCAGCCCUCAGUUUGGGCGUCGCGGGCGUCGCGGGCGUUACGGGCUUCGCCCAGAAACUCCCCACGACCACGCCGUCGUGGGGAACGACAGAGAAUGCCCUCGUCCACACUGUAAUCCACAUCCACGCCAGCGUGGUGAUGCCCUCGGCCAACAGCACUACACUCUCGACCAAGACACGCGCUGCCUCCUCGUCGCGCCUGCCGACUGAAAUCUUCAUCCCGUCGCACACGCACACCUCCGACAGCAUUAUCACCCCGCACGCCACCUCCUCCAACACGGCCGAGCUAGCGGUGGACCCGCACGACGCCACAGCCGAGGCCGUAGACCAACACGCCUCCGAAGAAGACGCAGAAGAGGCGCACGCCGGCUCCGACAGCGAGGACUCGGACGACGAGGAAGAAGGCGGUGCUGCUGCGUGGAAGCUGCAGGUCGGCGUUGGCGUCUCGGUCACGGCGUUCGCGCUCGUGGCCAUCUCCGCCAUCUGCUUCUUCUUUUACAAGUGGAGGACGCGGAAGGGCGGGUUCAGGAACUCGGUGGCGUCGUUUCAGAGCGCGGCUAGCUCUAUCGUCUGGGGGAACGGGAAGAAGAAGGCGAAGGUCAAGGAGAUGGAUGAGGCGAAGCGCCAUAGCUUUGGGGAUGUCCUCGGACGACCGUAUGAUAGUGGCGAGAGUAGUAUCAGAAGCGUCUAUGCUGGCAGCAGCAGCAAGGGAAUGGCUGAGCACGUCGAGGAAGUCGACGCGUUGCAAGCCCCCGAAAAGUGCGUCAGAUUCGAGUAUGGUCGUGGCGGAAGGUUUUGA